CGCGGUCCGCUGUGACGUCGCCGCGGAGCAUGACGGGAGUCGUAGUCUAUCACUGCUUCCUGUUCUCUAAUCGCGGCAGUGAGUUCAGGUCAGUUUCGUGUUUUGGAAACGAGAAAAAACUUCAUAACCAUCAGCCUAUGUCUGUGUUCGAGUCGUCCAGUGGCUUCAGCAGGCCCAUCACUGCAGUGGCCUGGGCGUCAAACACCACCACCUGCCCCGGUCAAUACAGCCUGAUCACUCAGACUGAAGAUGGAGCCUCCGCUAACUUCAUCCGAGGGUUUGCACUCAAGUCAGGAUACUAUCUGUGUUACAGUAAGGAUCUAUCCGCUGGGUUGGUUGUGACAGAUGUGCAGGUGAUUACGGAUAAAGAGGCGAUUCCUCACGGUUACUGCUACAUCCCAGAAUUCCUGGAGUCCAAGGCAUCUGUCGGGAAGAAGAAGCGCAUCUGUGUGCGGAUCGUUCCUGUGGGCAGCGUUACGACCGCUGUUCUAGACCUCAAACUCACAGCCAAGAAUAAGACCAUGGUGCAGCAGUACACCUGCCUGGGGGACAUGAAUGGGUUUGUGGUGUGGUGUUUAAAGGGCCAGUUCUCCACUCCGACUCCUCAGGCCAAGCCUCGCAGUAUCAGUCUGGACAUGCGCGGUCUCUCUCUGGAAGGAACCGGCCCCCCGCAGCCUCUCAAGCCCAGCAAUCCUCCUGAAGGCCCACCGAAGGUCACCCGCCGGCGCAGUAAGCUGGACACACACAACCCGAUGGAAGUGGUGUAUGACAGCGCUAACCACAGCGGCAUCUACGGGAUCACAGCGAUGGAUGGAGUUCCUUUCUCUCUACAUCCGAAGUUUGAGUCUCAGUCAAACUCAAAGGUGUCUGCGAGCACGCUGAGUGACAUCCGUAUCAAAUCAGUGCAGGACAUUGAGAAUGAGUAUAACUACACGUUUGCGGUGGAGGAACAGGCAGCGAGGAGAGUCUGUCCGUCAGCGAGUGGAUGAGAUCAUUUCCCA